AUGGCCGCCGCGCACCGAGCGAGUCAACAGGGUUUUCAGGCUUUGCUAUGGAAAUGUCGUAUGUUCUGGCCUGUUUCAAGAUGCCAACGACUGUUUGCUGUGUCUUUUGGCAUCCCCAAGAGGGAAAAGGUUAGCUAUUUCAGUUUUAUGACAUCUUCCAGUACUGCAUUACCAGUAGAUCCCAAAGGAACUGAUGUCUUUUCUACCAAGAAGAGGUCUGAAAUUGAUUAUGAAGAAGGAGAAGGAUGGGAUGAGGAAACUAAAGAGAUACCUGAAGGGAAACUCCACUUUUCUUCCUCUGUUGGAGCGCCAAAGAAACGGUUAAUGAAUCAAAUUCUGUCAAGACAUAAGUUUACCAACGUACAGCCUCCAGAAAAACCUUUGCAGGCUGAAGAAUGGAACAGACUGAGAGAAAGCUUUCAAUCACCUGAAAUAUUUGAAGAAGUGAUGUUUAACAGUAUGAUCAGGUGCAACAGCCCCAUUGAUGUGGCUAAGUCCUUGCUGACCCACGUGGCAGAGAGUAAUGGUGACAUUGCAUAUAAUUUGUUGAUCAAAUAUCUGGCAUUGUGUGUCCAGCAGGGGCAAACUUCAGAAAUUUGUGAUGUGUAUGACAUAAUGAAAAUCAGAUUUAAGAUUUUAGAAAGUGGAGCUUACAACCUUUUUAUCAGGGGGUUGAGUAAUUCAGAUCAAUGGAGAAAGGCUUUGACUCUUUUGGAAGAAGUAAAAAAGAUUAUGAUUCCCUCACGAACAAACUAUGAAUCCUGUAUCAAAGCAGCCAGCCGUCACCAAGAAAUGAGUCUCGCAUUUGAACUUUACCAUGAAAUGUUGACUAAGGAUUUGGUCCCAACCUUGGAUGUCCUGCAGGCCUUUUUUGACUUCAGCAGGGGUAUGAAAGGUGCUGAGCUACAAAAAGAGCUGUUUGGUAUUCUCUUAUAUUUGAGAGACAACCAAAUAUACCCUCACAGAACAUUUAUGCGGAGUAUAAAGCUAUGGUUUGAAAGUAUACCAGGAGGGAACUGGAGAGGACACCUGACCAACAUUAAAGCCAG